UAACUCAGGAAGCAGCGUGGUAAUUAUUCACAGAAGAAAGUAGGUAGUAUACGAUUUCAUUACUACAUUAGAAAGUCACAAGGUCAAAGCUUGCACAGUAACAGACUCAACUUGAAACUGUUUGGCCCUCCUUUAAAAGAAAUUUUAAAAUGGGAGAAAAGGAAGCAAGUUUACCUAAUGCAUCUGUGCAAGGUCUAGUGUGUGGAACACAUUAUUAUUAACAGCACUUGGAUUACACUAUACUUCAUUUGACAUUGUUCAUCUUCAAACUACUUCGAAACUAUCAUCUAUAAUUAUAUUCUUAACACUUCUGUGACAUAGGUAACACGAUGGCAUAUCAAAAGGUGAAUGUAGAUCAGAGAGCACCGGGAAACUCACAGUACUUAGACAAUGAUGACCUCCAAGCCACUGCUCUUGACCUCGAAUGGGACAUGGAGAAGGAGCUAGAGGAACCUGGUUUUGACCAUUUCCAGUUAGAUAGUGAAGAAAACCAGGACCUUGGGAAUUCACAAAAUGCAGACCCCGACCUUGAUGCUAUUCAACCAUCAACGUCACCAAAAGGGAGAUUCCAGCGCCUUCAAGAGGAGUCAGAAUACGUGACACGUUACACACGAUCUGCACCAAAGAACAACCGCUGCAACUUUUGUCGGCUACUUAAAAUAAUUUGCACUGCAACAAUUUUAUUUAUUUUCGGCAUUUUGAUAGGCUAUUAUGCACAUUCAAAAUGUCCUUCAUAUGCUUCGUCGUCGAGAACAACUGAUCCUCAGCUCUACCAAGACAUUCUGAAGGCGAUCAAAGCAGAUGAUAUUAAAAACUUUUUCAGAUAUUUUGUUCAAUUGCCCAUAAGUGAAGAUGACACAGAAGUUACAAAGCAGCUUAAGUAUCAGUGGACUUCUUGGGGCCUACAAGAAGUGCAACUUGUAAAUUACUCCGUUCUGCUUAACCUGCCAGGCACUUCUCCAAACACGGUGACUCUAAAAAACAGCAGCCAAUGCUUUUAUCCUAAUGGCCAACCAUGUAGCAAAGAGACCAAGAAGGACCCCAGCCAAGAUCUUCUGUAUGCCUAUGCUGCCUAUUCUGCCAAAGGAACUCUCGAGGCUGAAGUCAUUGAUGUGAGGUAUGGAACACUGGAAGAUUUAAACAGGAUUCGGGGAAUUAAAAAUAUGACCAACAAAAUUGCACUACUGAAACUGGGACGGUCUCCUUUACUUUACAAGCUUUCCCUCUUGGAAGAGGCUGGAUUUGGAGGAGUUCUUCUUUAUAUUGAUCCUUGUGAUUUACCAAAGAUGACAAAUCUUAGCCACCAACCAUUCUUCGUUUCUCUGAAUGCAGGAGGAGACCCAUCCACACCUGGUUAUCCCAGUAUUGAUGGAAGCUCAAGAGGAAACCGAGCAAACCUCACAUCUUUGCUUGUACAGCCCAUCUCUGCCUCUCUGGCUGCCAAACUAUUUACUUUACCUGAGAGUAGAAACACAAAGGACGCAUGCCACCACCUGGAACUUCCAGAGACGGAAAUAAGAAUUGUAAAUUUGAAAGUUCAGACAGUGACAACAUACAAGACUCUCACUAAUGUUGUUGGAUAUUUAAAGGGAGCUACAUUUCCCGACAGGUAUAUCAUAGUUGGUAGCCCACACCAGAGUUCAUAUACUUACAGGGGACAAGAGUGGGCUAGUAGCACUGCCAUAAUCACCGCUUUUAUCCAGGCCUUGAUGUUAAAAGUGAAGAAGGGGUGGAGACCAGACCGUACCAUCAUUUUCUGCUCAUGGGGUGGAUCAGCAUUUGGAAAUAUUGGCUCAUACGAAUGGGCGGAGGAUUUCAAGAAAGUUCUCCAAAGAAACGUCGUGGCAUAUAUUAGUCUCCACAAUCCUAUUAGAGGUAACUCAAGUCUACAUCCUGUGGCAUCUCCUUCUCUACAGCAGCUUGUGUCUGAGAAAAAGAACUUUAUUUGCCCUGGAAGAACAAAAUGUCCUGAAGCCAAUGUCAGUUCUAUUCAGAUGCAAGGUGAUGCCGAUUAUUUCAUCAGCCACCUUGGAGUCCCUGCUGCACAGAUUGCUUAUGAGGACAUCAAAACGUUAAAGGGUCCGAGCUUUCUCUCCGAGGCCCUUUUUCCUGCAGAAACACCAAUAAUUGAAGAAUUGGAUCCCUCCUUCACACUUCAUGAGAUCAUUACCAAGCUCUCAGGUGAAGUGAUUUUGCAAAUUGCCAAUGAACCAGUUCUGCCCUUUAAUGCUCUGGAUAUAGCAUUGGAAGUUCAAAACAACCUUAGAGGUGAUCUUCUUGAUCAUCAGAAGCUGCUGGCUAUGGCUUCAAGUUUGAGGGAAAGCGCAGAGCUGUUUCAGUCUGAUGAGAUGCGUCCAGCUAAUGAUCCCAAGGAGAGAGCCCCUAUCCGUGUCAGAAUGCUGAAUGAUGUUCUGCAAGAUCUGGAGAAAAGCUUCUUGGUGCGAAAAGUGCCCCCAGGUUACUGCAGAAACAUCCUGUACAGGUUGGAUGAGAAGACAAACCGAUUUUCAAUACUCACCGAAGCUUGGGAGCGCUACAGGUUCUAUCCAUCCAACGAGACCCUUAAAGAGGCCCUGAAAGAGGUGUUGAACAGCAUCAAUUCAGCUCAGGUUCACUUCAGAGCGGGACUUGAAGUAUUUGAGAAUGUCUUAGCUGAAAAGAACUGAUAAAACCUCUCGACAUUUUUAAAGUUUGUUUACAAUGCACCCAGUGGAUGCUCUAGUCUGACGAGAAUUUUUGUGAGGUUACAGCCACUUUGCAAUGGCCUUUCUACUGGUGUCUUAAAAAGGUACCAUGUUGAGUUUAAAAUGUAUAAAGAGCCUUUUGCACAUUCAAUAUUUUGCAAAUGUCUGUGAUUCUAAAUAUAUAACGGCAGAUAGAGAAGUAACACUUAAUCAUUCAUAAUAAAAUCUGCUGUAUUUUCAUAUCUAAUAACAUGUUCGGGGCAGGUAUGGAAAUGAAGUGUAAGAUCCCUACAAUUUCUGGACUAUCUUUGCUCCUGCAGAUAUAAAUGUAGGACCAUUGCUCAUACUUUACAUCAACACUAAUCAGCUCCUUUUCUACAAUGGAAGUGGAGAAAUAAACAGUGUUACAGUAUAACUUUGAUGAUAGAUGGUUUAUACAAAGCAAUUAUAAAAAUUCAAACAAGU